AUCCCCACCAAAUUUUAGUAUUUUGCACCAAAUUGGUGCAUAUGUGAUACUUACUGUCGUGCAUAGGUUGCCAAAAUAAUGACGCAGAGCAAGGCAGGUUAUCUUCAUUUCUGGCCUGUUUCGAUACGAAGCGAACCUUGUCUCCUUCCCUUUGGCUCCGCUUAGCUAUAAAUGACCAUUUUGUUCGCGAUAAUUUCGUGAUGAAUUUCUUUAACUGUUUUCUUUUGAAGUAUUUGUGUUGCACGAAAAUUGUUCCCUGCCGAAAGCCAUCUGGUUUUGGACAUUUCUGUACAUAACAGGUCUUUUCUAUGGUUUAGAAUAGUAAUUGUCGGGUAAUUUACAUUAUUUAUUGAGUUCAAUUUCAAGCCCUUUUUUCCCUUGCUUUUUGAUCAAGUCAUGGAGCGAUGGAGUGGGCUGUUGAGAGUCCCAUUACACGCUGAUAGCAGAGCCUUUUACCAGGUUGCAGCAUCUCUCUCCCUUUCACCAUCUUCAAAUUCCCCAAUUGGGCAGAUGCCGUUGUCUACAAAUGCUAUCUUUUUCAGUGGAGAUCGAGUUAUGGGGAUUGAGAAUCCAGUGAUUGAGAGGUUUUCUAAUUUACAAAACAUAGCAGAUAUUAUGGUUUCAAAAAUUGGUGGCUCUGUCAAUGCUUGGGUUAUCGAGGCUUCGUUGUUUAAUGGGCCUUUCGCUGUAUAUAACGACUUUAUACCGUCUGUGAACCAACGGGGAGAACCAAAAUCAUAUGACCCAACUGGGUUUCCUGCCAGUAGGUCCACCGUAUCACUCUUAUCAAAUUGUCUACAAGAGGCGAAGAGUGCUAUGGCACAUAAACAUAAAGAUCCAAGCCUAGCCAGCAUUUCAGGGUUGCAAUUUUGUCGCCCCAAAACACUCAUAUUUGGAUUCAGCAAAGGUGGAACUGUAGUUAAUCAGCUAGUUACUGAGCUUGGCUUCGCAAAGUCUAGAUCAUGUCAAGAUAGGACACAGACAGAAGAUGAAAUUCAACAAAUUAUACCCUAUAUGAAAGAAGACUUCUUAGACAGCAUUGCUGAGAUACAUUACGUGGAUGUUGGACUAAAUUCCGUUGGUGCAUACAUUACUGAUGGUUACUUGGUUGAGAAACUCUCCAGACACCUUGAACAAGUACAAGGGGAUAAAGGAAUACGCUUUGUGCUUCAUGGAACUCCCAGGCAGUGGUGUGACACCAAUCGAUCAUGGAUUCGCAACGAAAAAGACACACUGUUUCAUCUGCUUCAGUCUGUAACACAAAGGAGUGGAGGAAAAUUACAGGUUUGUGAGAGAUUUUACUUUGCUGAUAGGCAACCUGAUCUGCAGAUGCAUUUUGAAAUAAUAGAGAAGUUGGAUGUCAGUUAAGUGCUUUUGGAAACCCCGGAAUUUAUUGUCAAUUUGUUAUAAUUGUACGCUGGGAAGUUGAACAAACAAAAGUGAUUUCAUUUGUGCACACUGUUUUUUAGAAACACUAAAUUAGUGUUCACAAAUUAAGAUAAGUUAUUUGUUUCUUGUUGGAA